CGUCCGUCGAAAUCGGCCUCGCCUUUUACUCAGUCUCUCUUCAGACUCAUUCACACCAUGCUUCCUUCGCUAUAUCAGUCUCCAACUUCCUCCCACACCUUCCCCUUCUUCUCUCUGAGCGCCCUAUCGAUAAAUUCUAGCAACUCCCGUCCAUCCCCGCUUCGCUUCCCGAGAAGUUCCCUUAGUGUCGGAGAGGUAGUAAAAAAGGAAGGGAAAUGACCCUGAAGGGUGGCGCGAGCCAGGCAUGCGCGGCGUGCAAGUACCAGAGGAGGAAGUGCAAACCGGACUGCCCUCUAGCUCCUUUCUUCCCGGCUGACCAACCGGAGAUCUUCCGGAACGUGCACAAACUGUUCGGCGUGAGCAACGUCCUGAAGAUACUGAAAGGCCUGCAUCCUAGCCAGAAGCACAUCGCCAUGAGAUCCAUCAUCGACCAAGCGAACAUGCGCGAUUGGUACCCCGUGCACGGUUGCUACGGCCUCAUCCAGAGCCUACACUACCAGAUACAGCAGGCCAAGGAAGAGCUCCACGCCAUUUACGAGCAGCUGGAGAUGUACAGGCAACAGAACCAGAUCUCUCCUGUCCCCGAAGACGUGCCUUCUCAGUUGGAGUUAGGCAUGGCCCCGCCAAACGGCGCGCUUCCUCUGUUCCACCACCCGCAGCAGCAGUACAGCGCCGUGGCCGCCUUGCCCGCUCCGCAGAAUCACUGCGGCGACAAUGGAGGCGUCGCUGGUUACGACAACUCCAGUGACAUGGUUCCCAAGGACAAUGUCGAGAAUGCCUUGUGGAUGCAAAAUCAAUACGCGAAUUACGACAACAGCAACACAAUUCAGAUGGCUGCGUCGCAGCCGAUGGGCGUGCAGCAAGAAAUAGUCCAAGACUACAAUGAACUCCAACCUUUCUUCGACACCAUUGACGAUGCACAGUCUUAUAUGGAUUCCAAAGAGGCAUGCGACUCAAGCUCGGAAUCGUCAUUGAAGGAUACGAGGCAAUCCAUCGAGCAUGCCGGCAAGAACGAAUUGAAGAGCGCCGCAGCGUGCUUCAGCCUCACCAGUGUCAACUGAUCGGACAACACUCAAAGGGUCUACCCUUUUUUUUUCGGUUCAUUAGUUUUGUUACUGCAGUUCCCGACUUUUCCGACUUCUCCUUUUUCCUAUUAAGAAAUUCCGAACAUCGUAUAGUCACUCUGUAUGCAUAUGAUAGACACGACAUACUUUGCUGCUUGAUGCCUAAAAUUAUCGUACCAUGGUCAAUUGUUAUGAACGAAGCCAGUGACGCAUGAUGAGAUCGGAUAAUCUCUGCGAUGGUUUGUCUCUAAACAACUGCAAAAGCAUCUGUGGAAUGUACAAUACAAAUCAAGUCGUUGAGCUCA